AUGAGAAUAGAUGCAGAAGGCAAGAAGUGGCAGAUGCAGGUUGCUGCAGCAGAGGCUAAGAUAAUAAAAAAGUACAAGAUUCAUGCACCAAUUACGUCAAAUAAUUUAAAUGAUAUCCUGAAUGAACAGUUUGAUGGAUCAGUAGUGUUCGGCAGUCACAUCGAUGCCGUGAGAGUUAACAACCCAUGUAGUCUUUUUAUUAUCGCUGCUCACCAUAAAAUUGAUGUAUUUGACAAUAGCUCAGCUUCUACAGAUUCCGAUAAAGAAAUGAACAACAUAUCUACGCAUGUACCACCUGAACUUGGUUCCCGGAAAGAGGUAUAUUUAAAGAAACGGAAAAUACCACAAGCACAAAUACUCAGUGUUCUUUGGGGAAGCGGAGGAGACUGCCAUUCUGGGGAUCACUUAAGAGAUUCCUGCCCACCUGAGGAAGAUACUGAGUGGCCAUCUAACUCCAGUUUUGCAACCUGCAUGGACCCAGCUCCCGCUGAAGCAGUAUUGAUGCCGCCAGGAAGUGGAGUGAUGUGGGGGCGGCGGCAGGAGCAUGUAGGAGGCGCCCUGCUCAUCCUCAGCUUCCUGGGUGCUGCAGAGGCUGAAACGCUGCCCACCCUUACCCUCCAACCUCUCACCUACUUCACCUUGCCACCUCCCCCAGCCUACACCUCCGUUACCUUUCCUUCUGGUCCCUCUACUCCCCUUCCUUCCUCCUCAAUGUCGCUCAGUGGGUCUUCCGAAGCGUCGAUGACACAAGAGAGUGCACAGGAGGAGGAAGUCAGCGAAGAAGUUCGAGAGCCAUACUUCGCUACACUCAAUACCUCCGUUAGUGUCUUUCUUGGGGCAGAGACAACGCUUGACUGUACCAUCCAUGACACAGCCAACCUGUCUGUGGCGUGGUUGAGACGUGUUGACGACAUGUUAGAGCUACUCACCUGGGACUCCCAUACCUACACUAAGGACCAAAGGUACUCUCUAGUGCCGUCGUCGGGGGACAGGUGGCAGCAGUGGCAGCUAGUUAUACGAGAUACACAGCUUGAGGAUCAGGGACAAUACCGUUGUCAGCUGGCCACUGAACCACCCAUGAUGCUGGCUGUUACUCUCAACGUUAUUGCUCCACGGGCGAGGGUGGUGGAUGAGAGAGGGACAGAGGUACAGGAGAAACACUACAAGAGCGGCAGCAUGAUUGAACUCACCUGCCUGAUUGAACAGGUGCCGUUCCCUCACGAUCCUGUCACCUGGCGCAGGGGAACCACCGUCCUCACCUACAACACCUCCAGGGGUGGCAUCAGCGUGAAGGGAGAGCCUGAUGCCGGCUACAUCAGGAGCCGACUCUACGUGGCUGACGCAGCUCCUGCAGACUCGGGCGUCUACUCGUGCUGGUACUGCAACUACACCAGUGACACUGUAACUGUCCACGUCCUGGCAGGAGAGAACUCAGCAGCGAUGCAGCACGAUACUCAGCCUGAGACCAGCAGUCAGCACCCAGCCACCUCCACCUCUUCAGCCACCUGGCUGACCAACAACCUGUACCUGCUGGCAGCCUCCUGCUUCGCCACCUGCACCGCCACCUGUCAUGGCAUCAUCACCUUCUCCUCCUCGUCCUCCUCCUCGUCCUCCUCCUCCUACUCUUCCUGUUCCAUCUGGAAGAUCGCCACCGCCGUGAUAGUCGCCUUCAGGAGCCUCGUUCCCACCUGUGUCAGCGCCACCUGCGAGGUCCUCACCACCUUGUUUCUUGUAGGAAUCCGAAUGGUACAGGUGUUAGCCAUCUGGAUUACCACUUAUCAGGGCGUUAGCUGCUGGGAUUCACUUCGGAUGGGAGUCUUUGAGACCUGGAAUGACCAUAGAUGGGUCCUUCAGACGGCCCACCAGGGUGGCAGCAAGACCAGUACGGGAAUGUGGAAGCAGGGAGACAGCAGGGAUGGUAGUAGGAAUGACAGCAGGAAUGGCAGCAGGAACGAUAGUAGGGAAUGCAGCAAAGAUGAUACCGGGAAUGAUAGUAGGGAUGGCAGCAAAGAUGAUAGCAGGAAUGGUAGUCGGGAUGGCAGCAUGGGUGGUUGCAGGGAUGGCAGCAGGGAUGGGAGCAGAAAUCGGGGAACGUCCUCAACCAGAUGAUGGACAAUGUGCAGGUCCUACUGAGAUAAGAACUUUUGAUACAUAAAUAUGGAAGAAACGAGCCUUGUGUGUGUGAAAGUGUGUUUGUGUGUGUGUGAGAGAG